AUGACACAGGUGCCAAUCCACAUGCAUAACACGGGCCUUCAAAAUAAAGAUGAAGUUGUUCUGAGUGUGAAGGACUAUAGCAUCUGUCGAGGUGUUGAGUACCGAGUCUUGGAAUCGGAUCAUCUGAAGUAUCAUGAAAAAUGCAAGGAUUUCGGCAAGGGCUGUAGUUGGUUGAUUCCCAAUUUGCUUCGUGCACGAAAGGGAACUUGGGAGGUCGAUGAGUCUACAGUGUACUUUCAUCGUCUUUUCUGGACAUUUUCACCCUGCAUCGAGCCCUUCCGGCAUUGCAAGCCCCUGGUGAGUAUUGAUGGUACCCACUUGUAUGGCAAGUAUGGAGGCACAUUACUGUUGGCGAUUGCGCAGGAUGGGAACUCGAACAUCCUCCCAAUAGCCUUCGCCCUUGUGGAGGGAGAAAAUGCGGAGACAUGGUCAUUCUUCUUGUCCAACCUACUAUCACAUGUGACGCCACAGGAGGAUAUCAAUGUUAUCUUUGACAGGCAUAAUGACAUCAAGGCUGCACUUGACGCCCCCGAGAAUGCAGCAAAUUUUAGCCUUAGCUUCAAAGCUAAAGAUGCAAGGAGGAUGCUGGUCAAUGCUGCCUAUGCAAAAACUGAAGCAGAAUUUUAUUACUGGUUUGACAUAAUGCAGAUUGAGAACCCGACCAUGUGUGACUGGGCCAACCGGAUGGAGUAUGACAAGUGGACCCAACAUGAGGAUAGCGGUAGACGGUUCGGGCACAUGACAAUCAACAUUAGUGAAUGUGUGAAUUCUGUGUUAAAGAAAACUCGCAACCUUCUGGUCAUUUCGUUGGUUAAGUCUACUUACGGGAGGCUUGCUGAGCUAUUUAUGGUCCGUGGACAAACAGCAUAG